GCUGGUGCGAACCGAGCAUUCGGUCCGUAGGAGAGCCGAGGAGUGAGUUGUGCGCGACUGCGUUCGAUGUUCGCGAGUUUGUUUUGUUUUCACCUAUGGAUGUGUAAUGCAAAUGUAUGGAAAUCUCGUGCAAGUUUGUUUCUGCAGUUGGGAUUCUAGUAUGGAUAUCCCAGCUAGCGAUUCUUUCUCGAGCCCGUUAAAGACAGGAUUUCUCGAGAAGCUGAUUGGCAGAGGCUGGCUCUACUCUGGAUCUUGGAAGAAGCGGUACUGCGUUCUCGAUGGAUCCAAGUUUUAUUUCUACGAAAAUGAGCACUGCAAGGGCUACGAAAAGACGUGCGGCGUCAUCAAUUUGGAUUAUUACGACGUCUGUGAAGAGAACAGCGUAAAGGACAAGAAAAACCCACAUGUCUUCCUGAUUGGAACUUCAGUUAGAGGUUUCUUUGACAACAGGCAUCAGUUCGCUACGGAAUCUGUAGACGAGCUUCGACACUGGAUCGAGGCUAUUCAAGGAGCCAUAGCAGAAGCGAGGCUAAACCGUCGGAAGCCCGCGAGGAAGCAACAUCAGCAACAACACCAGCGCCCCCUCGUAGAGGGAAAGUCACCAGACCUAAGUAACUCCUCACAGGAGGAGUCGGAGGGAGCCAGUACGACAUGUUUGGUCAACGCCACCAAAGACAGGGUCAAGGGACCCCAAGGCCGGAGAUUACCACAGAGGAAGUCCAUGAUGCCUACGGCUCGGACGACAGAAGAAACCACCGAUAUGCGCCAAAGAUCCAUCAGUCUAUCUAGUCCAGAGACGAGUGAGGACAUACCAGAAGAGCCUAACGAACGUCUACAGACCUCUACCAGUGAAAACAAAUGGCUAAGUCUAUCUAUGGAAGAAGUGGACCGAGAGCGAGACCCCACCCCAGGUCAACGCAGUAACUCUGCCUUCGACCUACCUCAAGAGCACGCCACGCCCCUUGAAAACGGAGGAAUUCUUAAAAUGAGGUGUGGCCUGCCCCGGAUGGGCGGCAACCUCUUGGGCCAACAUGCCGCCCUUGCCAGAGAGUUGGAGAUGAAACUCAAAGCUGGGAGGAUACCUGGACCAAAGAGGCCUCUCUCACCGGAAGGCAAAGACGGAGAAGAGGAACAACACAUCGAUGCAGAAACAGUAACAUUGGAGGAUCUGUCUUCUCGAGUAGAAUCGACGAAGGACACGCUCAACCAAUUAGAAGAGAGACUCGGUCAUCUGACCAAUCGCGUGGAGACGACCAAUGAGAAAAACGAAAAGGCCAAAUCCGAGGUCGGUGAUAUCCUCCUGCAAGUAACAGUUAUCCUGAAAGAAGCUGAAAGGAUCAAUGCAGAAAGCAAACGCACUUUGAACGAAAUUCAGAAAUCCAAACUGGAACACCAAGGACUUGCACAGACAUGCAAGGAGUGCAAAGCAGCCAUUGCUAAAUCCAAAGAAGAACAAGAGCUGCAAAAGGAAACGUAGAAAUCCCAGGGAUUGCUGACAAGAUUUACCUACUGUUACAUUGCGGAAUCCCUCGAAUGUUACGUAUUAUACAAAAGUCAGGUUUAGAGAUACCUCAUUCACUCUUUGUUUUUCAAGUCGCGAUAUUGAAGAAAAUAAGCCAAAGGUAACACAGUAUUUCACGAUACCAAACACUAGUACAGUCAUUCACUCAUUCUGGGUAACUCGAGUUGCAAUUCUGCUAUUUUUAACUGCCCCACUCAUUGUUUGAUAGAGUUUUGUUGUAUUGGUAAAAAUAGAAGAAACUCUUGAGUACAGCCAGGCCCGUCACUUACCGAGGUCAGGGUGGUCAAUCGCUCUCCCUGGCAGCAAAUAUAUUUACAUGUAAA